CACUGUGACGUAUAAUCUAGUGGACGGAACGCUUCUUCAACAACUGCAGCCACCUCGGUAGCUCGCCAGACAACAACGUCGGAACAUUCAAGUUCUUUAGACAAUUUCCUGGUUUAAUUUGCAACUAUGUUUUAAACAUACUUCUGUGUGAAAGAACUAGUUAUCCCAUUUAAUUUCGUAUUGGCGUUGUUGCUGUUAGCUGUCUGGUUAAGUUAGCACUAGUCUAGUCGCUAAUGCUAAUGAGCUAACAUCCCCGACCAUGAGUUUACUAAGCUACACUGAGAAUUGCUUGACGGAGAAAGGAAAUCUCAUGGGAGAGGAGACUGUUACCGUCAAGAAAGAAGUAGAAGGUGAGGCUGUUACAGUGAAAGAAGGGGAAGAGUCUUUCAGCGUGAAAGAGGAGGAGGAUGUUACAGUGAAGGAAGAGGAAGAUACAGUUUUUGUAAUGAAGGAGGAGGAUGGGGAGAUGACUGUCACAGUGAAAGAGGAGGAAGACGUUUUUGGAGUGAAGGAGGAAGAGGGGGAGAUUACUGUCACAUUAGAGGAGGACGAAGAAGAGAAGACUGGAGAACUGAUUAACACCAGUAAAUACAGAAAGAGACCAGCCUCUCACUCUGACAGCAGGAAGAGUCCUUCAGGGGAACCAGGCCCAGAGACUCCCAAACCAGCGAGACGACAUCACUGCUCCCUGUGUAAAAUGAGUUUUAAGUGGUCAUGGAAGCUGAAAGAGCAUAAAAGGACACACGUAGGAGAAAAGCCAUUCCAAUGCUCCCAGUGUGGAAAGAGUUUUACUUUGUUAGGGAGCCUGAACAAACAUAAGAGAAUACACACAGGAGAAAAGCCUUAUCACUGCUCCCAAUGUGGAAAUAAUUUUAUGUGGUUAGGGAGCCUGAACAAACAUAAGCGAAUACACUCGGGAGAGAAGCCUUUCCCCUGUUCCCAUUGUGGAAAGAAUUUUAGGUUGUUAGAUACCCUGAAGGAGCACGAGAGGACACACACAGGGGAAAAACCUUACCAUUGCUCCCAGUGUGGAAAUAGUUUUUCCCAGUUAGGGAACCUAAACAAACACAAAAAAAUACACUCUGGAGAGAAACCGUACCCCUGUUCCCAUUGUGGAAAGAAUUUUAGGUUGUUAGAUAAUCUGAAAGAGCAUGAGAGAACACACACAGGGGAGAAACCUUACCAAUGCUCCCAGUGUGGAAAGGAUUUUACCCAGUUAGGAAACCUAAAAAAGCAUGAGAUAAUCCACUCUAGAGAUAAGCCUUACCACUGCGCCCAUUGUGAAAAGAGAUUUACCCAGUUAGGGAGCCUGAACAAACAUAAGAGAAUACACUCUGGAGAGAAGCCUUACCCUUGUUCCCAUUGUGGGAAGAAUUUUAGGUUGUUAGAUAAUCUGAAGGAGCAUGAGAGGACACACACAGGGGAGAAACCUUACCAUUGCGCCCAGUGUGGAAAGGAUUUUACCAAGUUAGGGAACCUAAAAGAGCAUGAGAGGACACACACAGGGGAGAAGCCUUAUCACUGCUCCCAUUGUGGAAAGAGUUUUAUCCAGCUAGGGAACCUGAAUAAACAUAAGAGAAUACACUCUGGAGAGAAGCCUUACCCCUGUUCCCAGUGUGGAAAGAGUUUUACCCAGUUGGGGAACUUAAACAAACAUAAGAGAAUACACUCUGCAGAGAAGCCUUAACAUUGUUCCAAGUUAGGGAACCUGAAAAGGCAUGAGAACAUAAACACAGUUUGGAUAGAGUUUUAGUUCGGGAACCUAAUUGUGGAAAGACAUUUUCCCGGACAGAGAAUCUGAAAUCACAUGAGAGCAUAGACAAGACUAGUGUUCUGACUUAUGUUUUUGAGUGUUGUUUUUAUCAAAUCCCCCCCCCCCCCCCCCCUCCCCCUAAAUAGUCCUACUUUAGUUUUUUCCUCUUGAGACAUGAUUACAAUUACAAUAAAGUUACAAUUUAAAAUGUGUAUUUUAUUUUUAUUUUGGAUUGAUUGAAUAGAAAUAUGAACCCUCAGAUGUUAAUGAUAUGAUUUGGAAAGUUGUCAAAUGUAAUUAUUAAAUGGAGGACUAUAAAACGUAUCUGUAAGCCACCAUUUUAAAACAGGUUCUCUGGCAGAAAAUGCGUAUCAGCUAAUUACAAUCGGGGAUUUACUAGCAGGCUAAAUUGAAGCGGUUCUCAUCAGAUAACAUGGCACACGUUACAGCCCUAUGCUUGUGUUGGUUGCAGGAGCAGUACGCUGCUGUUUCCUGCUUGUGUUGGUUACAGGAGCAGUUCUCAUCAGAUAACAUGGCACACGUUACAGCCCUAUGCUUGUGUUGGUUGCAGGAGCAGUACGCUGCUGCUUGUGUUGGUUACAGGAGCAGUUCUCAUCAGAUAACAUGGCACACGUUACAGCCCUAUGCUUGUGUUGGUUGCAGGAGCAGUACGCUGCUGCUUGUGUUGGUUACAGGAGCAGUUCUCAUCAGAUAACAUGGCACACGUUACAGCCCUAUGCUUGUGUUGGUUGCAGGAGCAGUACGCUGCUGUUUCCUGCUCGGCAAAUAUCUCAGAAAAAGUACAAAUGUGAGCCCACAACCCAAAUGUAUCACAUAAGAAGUAGAUGGCGUAUCUCACAAUCGAUUGUCCGUCCCGAAUUUAGUGUGUUCACUGUGACAAAGUUGAUUAUUUUCAUAGCUUUGUGAUAUUCCACACAGUUGAGACUGCAAUACUGCCAUCUGUAGGAUGAUGAGACUGCAAUACCGCCAUCUGUAGGGUGAUAAUGAGACUGCAAUACUGCCAUCUGUAGGGUGAUAAUGAGACUGCAAUACUGCCAUCUGUAGGGUGAUAAUGAGACUGCAAUAGUGCCAUCUGUAGGGUGAUAAUGAGGCUGCAAUACUGCCAUCUGUAGGGUGAUAAUGAGACUGAAAUACUGCCAUCGGUAGGAUGAUAAUGACACUGCCAUCUGUAGGAUGAUAAUGAGACUGCAAUACUGCCAUCAGUAGGAUGAUAAUGACACUGCCAUCGGUAGGAUGAUAAUGACACUGCCAUCUGUAGGAUGAUAAUGAGACUGCAAUACUGCCAUCAGUAGGAUGAUAAUGACACUGCCAUCGGUAGGAUGAUAAUGACACUGCCAUCUGUAGGAUGAUAAAUGAGACUGCCAUCUGUAGGAUGAUAAUGAGAGUUAAACCUGUAAACAUACCAUAUUCUAAACAUUGGGUUUUAGGCUGGGUUUCUGUACAGCA